CAAAAACAAAGACGAAGGAAAACCUUAAUCAACGCAACGAUUAUUAUCGUUAGGAACGGGUGAAUUCCUGUGUAAGGAAUUAACGGUGAAACUGUGAAAGAAUCUUCCAACUUGCUGCUUGUUCAGAGUAAAUACGUAUGGAGAACAAAAAUAAAUCAUCGAAUGAUUUAUGGAUGCGGACAGAUGUAAACAAAGGACGUGGCUGUCAAGAGGUAUUGCGAAAUGCAAUCGCAGAAUCAAGUGUGUUCGAAAAACAAGUGCAGAUAAAACAGUUGAAUGCAUCAAUUCUUCGGAGACAUUUAAAAUUCGACGGAGACGAAUAUCGAUCGGGCAUGAUGGUAAACAAACAAAGGCGAUUGUUUUGGUGCCUGUUGCGAAAUAGUCUGUGUAGUUAAAGAGCAGCGUUCGAGAGGGAGACGUAACGUAACUGUACGUUGAAUAAGGAAGUGCAUGUAACUACAUCUAUAACAGUGGAUUUUAAUAAUAUUUGGUAAUGCUGAUCUCUCUGACAACGAACAUAACCUGCAAAUUUUAAAUGCCAAGUAGUGGAAACACCUGCAUGCUGCGGCUGUGAAUAAAUUUAACAAUCCAUAUGGCUGAGGAAAUAUCCAAGACUAUGGAGGAAGUAAAAGUAGUGGACAGCCCUGACGACGAUUUCGUCGAUCCAUGGAACGUGCAAAGUAAAUCGGACGCCGGAAUUGAUUAUGCUAAGUUAAUCAAACGCUUCGGAAGUAGUAAAAUUGAUCAGGAAUUGAUUGAUCGCUUUGAAAGUAUCACUGGAAAGAAGGUGCACCAUUUCUUGAGGAGAGGAAUCUUUUUCUCGCACAGAGAUUUCCAUACGAUUUUAACUCAAGUGGAAUCAAAGAAACCUUUUUAUUUGUAUACUGGUAGAGGACCAUCCUCAAGUUCCAUGCAUGUGGGUCACUUGAUUCCGUUCAUCUUCUGCAAGUGGCUGCAGGAAGUUUUCGAUGUUCCUUUAGUGAUACAGCUGACUGAUGAUGAGAAAACCUUGUGGAAAGAUAUCAAGUUGGAGGAUGCUAGGAAAAUGGCUUAUGAGAAUGCUAAGGAUAUCAUUGCAAUUGGUUUCGAUGUAAAGAAAACCUUUAUUUUCUCUGACUUAGAAUACAUUGGAGAACGUCCAGAGUUUUAUCGUAAUAUGAUUAGGAUACAAAAGUGCGUGACUUUCAAUCAAGUGAAAGGCAUCUUUGGGUUCGGUGAUAGUGACGUCAUCGGAAAAAUCGCGUUUCCUGCAGUGCAGGCGACUCCGUGCUUAUCCACCUCUUUCCCCGAUAUCUUCAAGGACAAGAAAAUCCCCUGUCUGAUUCCUUGCGCUAUCGAUCAAGAUCCGUACUUCAGGAUGACCAGAGACGUCGCCCCUAGGUUAGGCUUCAAGAAGCCAGCAUUGCUUCACUCGAUCUUCUUCCCAGCUCUGCAAGGGGCCAAGACGAAAAUGUCCGCUUCCGAUCCGAACUCCACCAUCUAUUUAACCGAUACCGCUAAGCAACUGAAGAACAAAGUUAAUAAACACGCCUUCUCCGGUGGACAGACCACCGUGGAGGAGCAUAGGAAGUUGGGUGGAAACUGCGACGUUGAUAUAGCCUACCAGUAUUUGACGUUCUUCUUGGAAGACGAUGAGAAGCUCGAGGAAAUUAGGAAGAAUUACACCAGCGGUGAAAUACUUACCGGUGAAAUUAAGAAGAUGCUCAUCGAUACGAUCACGCCCAUCGUGCAGGAACAUCAGGAGAGACGGGCGAAGAUCACCGAUGAAGAAUUGAAGAUGUUCAUGACUCCGCGCAAAUUGAACUUCGAUUGCUGAGUUUUACGGUUGUGGCAUUUAGAGCAAUAACAUCUUAAUUUUACUAUUUAUAUUAUUUAUUUGAGUUUACUUUAAUAUUUUUGCAUUUAUUAGAGUUAUCGAUGGAAAUAAAUUGCUGCUCGCAAAAAUUAUACCAAAAAAUUGUUUGAA